AAAAGAGAUCUCGCCUGACUUUACUUACAUGAAGCAAGUCUAUUCGUGAUUAGUCGCUGCAUGUAACGCAGUAAGAAUCAACCAGUUUGCAGAGUGCAGAGAAAGAAAGUCUUUAAAAACGGAAACACUAGGUAUGGAUUGACAAAGAAGCUAAAUCCUGGAAAAAUAGCUAUUAGCUGCAAUCAAUGGAACAUGCCACGCCCACAAAAAGCAGAGAAGCCCAUAUUUGCAGAGCCGAUUGCUGAGCCAAUUCAAGGAACAACGAUUGUGGUACUACAUCCAGGCUCCUCAACUUUGCAGCUUGGCAGAGCAACCGAUCAUUUUCCGCAGAGUUUGCCCCAUGUUAUUGCCUAUCGAUGCAAAGAGGACGGUGCAUUUUGCGUAAAAGAAACAAAUUCCCUUAUUCGUAAUGGUAUUUGGCAUCCCGAUAGUGAAGAGAAACGGCAAGGUGCUCUCCAGGCAACCAACCAGCUUAUCAAUGCUAUGAGAGUCAGUUUUGGCUACAGAAGACCGCAUAUUUCAAUAGCUCAGAUAGCCUCAUUUAACAACAAAGUCAUUCCUGAUACAAUUCAAGGCGAAAGUGGAGUUUGCUGGAGUGAUGUCAGCGAAAACCCUGAAAUACUAAUAGGAGAACAGGCGCAGUAUCUGGACCCUAAUGCGCCAUACGAGACAACUUGGCCCAUUAGAAAUGGAACGUUGAAUAUUCACAAUGGAAUUGGAGGGUCUCUUUCAUCUGUUAGCUCCAAACUAGAAACAUUAUGGUCCCUUGCGAUUCAAAUGUUUCUUGAUAUCCCAGCAAAAGAUUUCCAGUAUUACAGAGUUGUACUUGUUGUUCCUGAUAUUGUAAAUCGCCAUCAUUUGAAAGAAAUAUAUGACAUACUCCUAAACAGACUCGGUUUUUCUGCUGUUAUUAUGCACCAGGAAUCCGUUUGUGCUACUUUUGGCAGUGGAUUGCCAAGUGCCUGUGUCGUGGAUGUUGGUGAUCAGAAAACAAGUAUUUGUUGCGUUGAAGACGGUAUAUCCCUUCCUAAUUCGAGAAUCAAACUUAAUUAUGGAGGGAGUGAUAUAACCAGAUGUUUCAAUUGGCUCCUUCAAAGGAUAAGCUUUCCGUACAAGGAAUGUGACAUCAAUGACAAACUGGACAUCUAUCUGUUGCAAGACCUCAAGGAGACGUUUUGCCAUUUAAGUUUGGACAUUCCAGUUGGCCAUGUACAUGAGUUUCAGGUGUAUAGACCACAGGAAAGUGGCUUGCUUUAUCAGAUCAAACUUGGAGAUGAACCAUUGCAGGCGCCUAUCGCAUAUUUUAUCCCUCGUCUUCUUGGAUUGGUCGGUCAGAAAGUCUGGACUAGUAAUUUAGAGCUGGCUGAUCAUGAUCCUGAAGAUCUUUAUGACGACAAAUAUCUUCUUGAGGUUCAGUUGAGAGAGCCAUCUGCUAAGAAAGGAAGAACUGACCUUGAUACAUCGAGCGAGUUAAACGAACGAGUAGACUCCAUACUUCUGCAUGUUGGAAAUUCAAAACAAGGAGAUUUUUCAAGAAGCCAUCUAAAUUGUACCGAAAUUGAGGAGCUAAGCAUUGAUCAAGCCAUUUCGAAAAGUAUCGAAAGUUGUGGAAGCUAUGAAACGAAGAGAAAGAUGUACAGUACAAUCUUGAUCGUUGGAGGUGGAAUGAUGUUCAAAGGAGCCAACAACUUUUUGAUGCGAAGGGUUCAGGCGCAAGUUCCCACCGCCUUUCACUUUAUGAGAGAUCAGAUGGAAGUUAUUACAAGACCAAAGGAUAUGGACCCGAGAACGGUUUGUUGGAAAGGAGGUGCUGUGCUUAGUAUCUUGGACAGCGCACAGGAACUUUGGAUCAAUAGAAAGGAGUUAAAUGAUUUUGGUGUGAGGAUUUUGCGGGAAAAAUCGGCUUUCCAGUGGUCGGUGAAUCUUUCUGACAAACAAUAAGCAAAGACUGCUCGACAGCUUUUUGCUAAUGCAUAGGCUGCUUAAACACUUUGAUAAAACUUGAAUCUUUCAUCAUGCUGAUGUCCCUUGGACUUGGAAUCUUAUUGUUAUUCUUUGUGGCUCUAGAACUUCUCGUCGCUCGAUCGGUUUCAUAUCGCGUUGAUAGCUAUAUGUGAUGUGAUUUAGAGCUCUAUUUUGCCCCCUUCUGUAAGACCCUCUCUCCAAUUCACCCCUCGAAUCGUCUCUUUUUAGCACCCCCCCCCCUCACAAAUUCCUUAUUCUGGAAGCUACUUAUGAUAAAAUGCAAAUAUUUAGCCAGGAAUAGUCGCAAUUUCACAUGCUUUACAGUUGAUUGUUCUUGUCAAGCUCUGCUAUAAGAAUCUAUAUAUCGUGUGAGUUCCAAAAAUGGAUUUCUAUCCCCUUAUCUCUGACAUAACCGGCAUCGCAACACAUCAUCAAGUCGUUACUCGUUGGAAAGAUAAGACAAUAGAUAUUACAUCAAUAUAAAAACUAUGACGCAAAAAACUACUUAAAGAAAACUGAGAGGGAGUAAAUCGAGCUUUUCUUCACGUAACAGCAAAGUGAAAAUUCCUUACAGGAAGAAACGUGUUAUUUAUCGUGUUCUACCCGCUUGGAAUCUUGUUGGCUGGUCAUGUAUGCUUGAUCAAUAGGUAUUUUCUGAAGUCCUAAAUUUUUUAGCCCAUUUGAAUGCGGUAAUCUGGCUAGUUUCGUCCAAGUGACUUAUCAGUAUCUGUAGCUUAUGAUUUGCAUGGUUUUAUUUAAAGUCGG